AUGACUUCUAAUAAUGCGAAUGUUGCCUCCGCGGCACUGCCAGAUCCCGUUGAUCUCACCCACCAUCUCUCGAGGAGUACCAAAAAGCGGGAAGCCUCCUCCGUAAAGUCAUUUUACAAGUACUUCGCAAUACCUGGAAUUGGACAGCUGGCUGGAGGACUUCCGAACGCCGGUUACUUCCCGUACGACACCCUCGAAGCCAAAGUCGCACUCCCAAACAGAUUCAAACCCACGCCAAUCAAGCCAAUUGACCCUCCCACAUCAGAGCUAGCUUCUGCUAGAAUCUCAGACUCGCCAGCUUCGACACGAGUCGUCGUCCCCCACGACGCGGGCAUCGUCGACCCUCUGCGGACCAUUGAUCUCACAACAGCGUUGCAAUAUGGCACUGCUCAAGGCUACCCCUCGCUAUAUUACUUCGUCCGGAAGUUCACCCUGGAAAAUUUACACCCGACGAUUCCGUACAAAGGCGGUGCCGAGAUAAUCUUGACAUGCGGGGCUACCGAUGGCUUUUCGAAAGCGAUCCAGGCUCUUUCUAAUGAAUGGAGUGAGGGCCACGAUCCGAUUGAUGAGAAGCCAGCUAUGCUAGUCGAGGAAUACUGCUACAUGAACGCGAUCCAGACGGCCAGGCCUCGAGGCAUCAGCAUUGCCCCUGUGAAAAUCGACGACGAGGGCAUGAUGGCUAGCGGAAAAGGAGGACUCGAGGAUGUGCUGGAGAACUGGGACUUCUCAAAGGGUAGACGGCCGCACCUGAUGUAUACAGUAACCAUCGGCCAGAACCCCACGAGUGGCACCCUCAGCGUCGCCCGGCGCAAAGAAAUCUACGCCCUCUGCGUGAAAUACGACGUCAUAAUCAUCGAAGACGACCCAUACUGGUACCUGCAAUUCCCCUCCGCCGUCUCCGACACCACCCCUCCGCCGCCUGCCCCCGCCAAAUCCUCCGGCUUCCCCUUCCUCGACUCCCUCAUCCCCUCCUACCUCUCCAUCGACUACCAAGGCCGCGUCGUGCGCCUCGACACCUUCUCCAAAACCGUCGCGCCGGGCUGCCGCCUCGGCUGGAUCACGGCGCAGCCCGUCCUGGUCGAGCGCAUCCUGCGCAUCACCGAGACCAGCACCCAACAACCCUCCGGCUUCGUGCAGGCCAUGAUCGCCGAACUGAUCAUGGGCCCGCAGAGCCGCAGCGACGGCGGCCGCGGCGGCGCCGCCGACGGCAGCGGCUGGAAGGUCGACGGGUGGGUGCGCUGGCUCGAGGGCCUGCGAGGCAACUACGAGCGCCGCAUGAACGCGAUGUGCGACAUCAUGGACGGCGGGAAGACGCUCGUGAAGGCGGGGCGGCGGGGGUCGCUGUCAGCGGUAGCGGACGACGAGUGGGCGGUGGUUGAGAAGACGAAGAUCUACGACUUUGUGAGGCCGCUGGGCGGCAUGUUUGUGUGGGUGCGGUUCGAUUUCACGACGCAUCCGCUACGGAAGAGCGUGCCGCUCGCAAGGCUGUCGGCGGCGCUGUGGGUGUUUUGGACGACGAACCCGUAUAAGGUGCUGGCGGCCCCGGGGAGUAUUUUCGCGCCGACGGAGGAAAUUAGAGAUGGGGAUGCGUGGGAGUGCUUUCGGUUGUGCUUUGCGGCGGUCGAUGAUGAUGUGCUGGAGGAUAUUAGCCAUCGGUUUGUGGAUGGCGCGCAGGCGUUUUGGCGGAUUAAGAAGAAGGAGAAGAUUGAUGAGUUGUUGGAAGACGAUGCGCCGCCUGCGAUGCUAGCGGGUGAGGGGAAUAACGCUGGGUUGGCUAUGUUGACUGGGUUUUGCUAGAGGUGGAUUCUGGAACACGGCAUAUAUGGGCUACCACGGCGUCACGUUUGAUGACACGGUGUAAGCACACUUUGAUGAGAUUGGAUAGAUGCGAUAAGGUAACGAUUAUGAAGCAUAAAUGAAAGCUACUAAGCUUGGAAUAUAUUUUUGGGAGUGGAUAUCGAGGCACAUGAGAUAUCAGUGGCUGAGAUUAUCGAAUUCUCGGAUCGAAUGAAUUCAAUAUCACGUGAAGAGCAACAUGGAUAACCUCUUCGAGAUUCAUUGUACCAAGGGAGUUACGCUCCCAAUACACUGAAAUCCCAGG